AUGCCGAUCCUCGGCGGGAAGAAUAAGUUCAACACCAAGCCGGCAGCAAUCCGCGUCGAAAAAGUCCAAGUCGCCGCCCCGAAGCCGCGCCCGAAGCUCGCCCACGCGACAUCCUCCACAUCCUCCGCCAAAGCCUCCCCGCGCGCAUCGCCAAAGCCAAACGCCAAGUCCCUCCUCUCACGCAAGCAGAGCGCCUCGCCAUACCCUUCCUCUUCCUCGGACGAGAAGCGCAGCGGCGGCGGCGAGCGCAAGCGCAAGGUCGGCAGCGCGGGGCCGUCGCAGCCCAAAUUCGAUAACGACUCUGACGGCGACGACAACUACGAAGAGUUCCUCAAGCAUGAGCCUAGCAAGCGGCAGCGCACGCAAGAUGGGCAAUUUGUAGAUACCCAGCGCGUGUUGACCCGGUCGAGCGCAUUCAAGGACAAUGCGAAGCCCCUCAGCCGGCUGAUCCACGCCGCGCAAAUUUCCAACCUCAAGAAGUGUCCCAAGGCCACGCGCUCGCUCGGUGCGACUGCAGAUGACAACGUCAGAGUGCGACUGCAAUAUCCGAGCAAUUACGGUGCGGAAGAGUGGGUUUCUAUAUCUAGUCUGCGACUGUGGUACGGCAUCGCUAACCCUCUCCUUAGGUACGAACUCAUUAACGACAAGGGCAUCAUCAACGCAAUCGAGGAUAUCAAGACGGUGGUCGGUUUUGUCGCCAACGUAUACCUCACCGAAGAGCAGGCCGAAGAGUUCACAGAGCAGCAAAACGGGUUUCUACGGCGGCUCAGGAAAGCAUCAAACACAAACGACUUCCACGGUUUCGUGUCGGCGCUCAACGACGCGAAUAAGAGAAUUCGCACUCUUGCGGCGGACGGCACAAUACGCAAGAAUUUGGACAAGAUACACGGCUUGCCCAGGGGCUUGGUCGAGUUCAUCCUCACCCAGGUGUACGACCGCACAGUAUCACCAGACGUGGAAAAGUUGAAACAGUACAAAAACGGCACCGACAAUGUCUAUGGCGAGCUAGCGUAUCGGCUCAUCUCCGAUAUCUUACAGGAAAAAACCCGGAUGACGUCAGACCAAGUCUUUGUCGAUCUCGGCUCCGGCGUAGGCAACGUCGUGUUCCAGGCCGCGCUCGAGAUCGGCUGUGAGAGCUGGGGCUGCGAAAUGAUGGAGAACCCGUGCGACUUUGCGGAAGCGCAAGAGAAGGAGUUUGGUGCCCGGUGCAAGAUGUGGGGCCUGCUGCCCGGCCGAGUCAACCUCGAGCGAGGCGACUUUACAAAGUGCACCCGCAUCCACGAAGCCAUGAAGCGUGCCGACGUCGUCCUCGUCAACAACCAAGCCUUCACACCGCAGCUCAACGCCGAGCUGGUCAACAUGUUCCUCGAUCUCAAGUCAGGCUGCAAGAUUGUGUCGCUCAAGUCGUUCGUCAACGACCAGGGGACGCGCAACGCCAACGACAUUGCGAGCAACAUCUUGGAGGUCGAGCACCUGACCUAUCCUGAAGGUGACCCUGGUGGUAACUAUGUCAGCUGGACCAACGCUGGCGGUAACUAUUGCAUAUCGACAAGGAAGUAG